AUGGGCGGCACAUAUUGGUAUUAUUACCAACUUGACAAUGAAAUUGAUUUUUUCAAUGAAGCCGAGCCAGUAACUACUUCCUGUGCUCUUUUGCCAGGUCAACCCUUGAACGUUCUCAACGUUCCUAUCAACUUACCCUCGUCACAUACCCAUCUUGGACGCGGUUACAAGCCCGCUUCCCAAAUAUCCAACGAUGGAACUAUGAAUCCCGCAGACAAAUAUUUGAAUCCGAGAGCUCCACCGAGGCCUGUUUUGCUUCGUCUCACUACGUCUCCAGCAAUGCUCAUGCGUACCGACCACGGCUUAGCUUCCCCCCUUUCUUCUGGAUCCUCUAUAUCUCCCGUUAACGAAAGAAGCUUCUCCCAUCCUCGUGCCUUGGCAACACAUCGACGAUUCCGUAUUGGCAGUAAACUAUCUCUAGACCUAAGAAGUGCAAUUAAUUAUUCCCCCAAAACCAAUUCUCUGCGAUCUGCCAUCCUGAACUUUACCUCCCCGCGGUUUGGUGAGGGCGACGAGAACCGUGGCCGUCGCCGUCAUAAGGUAAAUAAAAGCCACAUCAUAAAAGUUCCCGAACCAGGACUGGACUCAUCCGCCCACUCCGGUACCCCAUCUCCCACGUGGAGUGUUGUUGAUAGUCUCAACAAGCCGUUACCCCAUCCAUACGUUGUUGAUAGAAAUCUAUCCAGCGAAUAUGCCAGUGGAAAUCAAUUUCUUGCGGAAAGCCAAGGGUGGUCGACGCUGAAAGCCGCAUGGACCGUUGAGCAUCCAUUGAUCGAUAGGCCUGGCUCUGGAGAAGCUGAACGAAACCGCUACCUUGCUGUUGAUGCGUAUCCAGAGUCUAUGACUUCACAAAGAACGCCCAGGAUUAUCAUUCCUCAACAAUCAUCAGGUGACAUUUCAACUUCAAAAACGACAGCUCCGUUGGAUCUAUACGGAAAAGCUUUACCGAGCCUCCCACACAGCCCAUCUUCCAUUGUUGACGCAGAAUUGCCGCAGAUGGAAACUGUUGACUUCUCCCUUGGCGAAGAAAAAUACUUCCAGAGUCAUUUCUCCGACUUUACUGUUGACUCUCCCGGUAAUUCGUGCUCUCCGGACUCUUUCCUCCAACCGACUGGUAGUCGGUUCUCAGAAUACAGUACAGAUACAGAAAACGCUUCGCCUUGCUCUAUGACAUCUGCAUCAACAUUUAAUAACGACAAUACAUUCUCCCCUACCACGGAUGACAGCAAUGGGGGGCUUUUCGAAUCCGCACUUACCGAUCUAUCUGCUCACAGCUCCUCCCUCUUUGAUAUUGCUUCCAACCCAUCCCCGCAACCCAACGUGUACAUAAACAACGCGCACCAAGAUCGCGAGACUAAAUCCCACGACUACCAUACCGACAACCUUGUUAUAUCCUCUCUUUACAUCUCCAAAUCUCCUAGUAGGGAGAUCAAUCCCUGGACUCUCGAAGCCAAUAAAAACGCCACCAACCAUAGCCAGACAAGUAAUGAUGAACAGCGCGUAACACCUCCCCGGAAAAGCUUAAUCCUAAAGCAUAGUAACUUUACACCCAACACCGAUUCGUUUUUUAUGGAUGAUAACCCUGAACUCCUCACCCCUCGCGCAAACUGUACAAAUCACUCCGACACGAUGAACAAGGACAGUGAGUCGGUUUCGAGGCGUGGUGGUGGUGGUGGUGGUGGUGGUGGCGGGCAGCAGCCAACAAAUCUCCGUGUCGAGUCUACAAUGCAGGAGUUAAUGGAUGAGUUGAGUUACUUGGGCGAUAUGAUCGAGGAUAAUGCUGUGAAAAGCUUCUAG